AUGGCCUCGACAGCUCCUUCUCUGACGUCGGGCAUGGAGACCAAACUCCUUUUGUUUGGACCCCAAGCUCUGUCCUUCACCGCUGACUCCCUUCAAACUCUGCGGAAACUUCUGGUCGAGGCCGACGAUUACAAGUGGUUGCUCGAAAUUGUAUCCGAGUUGCCCGCACGCUGGCAUGAACUUGCCAAACAGUUUCCAAAGCUCGAGAGAAUUCCCGGGGAACGACUCCUCAACGACUUAAGGGAUUGGUUCCACAAUGACGACCCCGACAAGAGGGACAAGAUCACAUCCCAGCUUCCAAACACCCUCCUGACGCCCUUGGUGGUGCUUACACAACUGGCUCACUUCGCACGAUAUCUGUCGUACAACCCGUCUGGAGGCUCGGUUCAUGCCGAUGACCUGUUCCGGGCACUGGCGCAACGUGGUGUUGAAACGGUGGGACUAUGCACUGGGCUCCUCAGCGCGUCAGCCGUCUCUAGUGCGUCAGAUGCGGCUACCUUUAGACAGUAUGGUGCCGUCGCCGCGUACAUAUCGGUUCUUUUCGACGAGAAUCGAGCAACCGUGACCACUGCGGAGGCUACCGCACCCCUGAUGCUCCAGCAAAUCAGACAGAAGGGCAUUAAGGCUGCUGAGGUGAGACUUCGGGGCCGCUUCCACAGCGAGGUGCAUAACGAAGAUCUCCGGCGAGUGCUCCAGUUCUGUGACUUGGACCCGGCAUUCCAGUUUCCAGAAACGUCCGCUCUGGCCUUCCCAAUUCAUCUUGGGAAAGGGGGUUGCCGCGCCAAGCGGCUACACCACGCCGUGUUGGGCAUGAUUCUUGCUGAGCAGGCAGCCUGGUACGAAACAUUGUCAGGUGCGCUUCCCGCGCAUCCCCAAGCGGUCAUUGUCACAUUCGGUCCCGACAGCGGAGUUCCGCCAUCACUGCUCCGGAAGAUGGGCUCGCGCCUUGUGCACGCAUCCGACCUCAACUGGGCCCCGACAUUGCUCUCCCCCAAGGACGGCGCUCUGAAUCCACCCGGGUCGUACACGGCCUGGUCAGCCGCUCGUGGCAAUGAGAACGACUCUGACAUCGUAGUCGUGGGCAUGUCGUGUCGGGUGGCAGGCGCCGACGACCUCGAUGAAUUUUGGAAGAUCCUGUGUGCGGGCAAGUCGCAGCACAUCGAGGUGCCAGGAGAACGCUUCGGUGUCGAGACGCAGUGGCGCGAUGUGGAUUCCUCCCGCAAGUGGUACGGUAACUUCAUCCGGGACCACGACACCUUCGAUCACAAGUUCUUCAAAAAGAGCCCGCGCGAGAUGACAUCGUCCGAUCCCCAGCAACGGCUGAUGUUACAGUGCGCAUACCAGGCAGUCGAACAGUCGGGUUACUUCCACCAGGCUAAGGUCGACACUAAGAACCUCAGCGGGGCUUCUUUCCUCAGCCCAACAGGCCAGUGCAAACCAUGGGAUCAAGGAGCCGAUGGCUAUUGCAGAGGAGAAGCCGCUGCUGUUGUUUUCUUGAAGCGGAGGGCAGACGCUGUGGCUGACGGGAACCGGAUUCUCGGAUGCAUCUCCAGCACGGCCGUCUACCAGAAUGAGAACUGCACUCCUGUCUUUGUACCCAACAGUCCUUCGCUCACCUACCUCUUCAAGGACGUUCUCGACCGCGCGAAACUUGAGCCCAGGGAUAUCUCCGUCGUCGAAGCCCACGGGACGGGCACGCCCGUUGGAGAUCCCGCUGAGUACCUGAGCGUGCUGCAAGCACUUGGCGGAUCGCUCCGUGAUAAACCGCUGGCUUUAGGCUCCGUCAAAGGCCUGAUCGGCCACACAGAAGGCGCUUCCGGCGUGGUAUCUCUGAUCAAAAUUAUCCUGAUGAUGCAGCACGGCUAUGUCCCGCCCCAAGCGAGCUUUCAGUCCCUGGCCCAUAACAUUGCUGCCUCGCCAUCAGACAAAAUAGAGAUCGUGACCAAGCUGAGGUCGUGGGAUGCGGACUACAGAGCCGCACUAAUUAACAAUUAUGGUGCCUCUGGUUCUAAUGCGUCCAUGGUGGUCACUCCGCCACCACAACCAAACCGGGCUGCUCUAUCGCCCAUUCACGCCCCGGGCAUCAAGCAUCCGUUCUGGCUCUGUGGCCUAGACGACAAGGCUCUCAUUGCCUAUAGCAAAAGGCUACGCCACUUUAUAGCCCACAAGACGUCGUCGUAUUCAUCAACAGCUACGAUUAGUCUGGCCAACCUGUCGUUCAAUGUCUGCCGCCAAUCCAACCGCCAUCUUGACAGGGCUCUUAUGUUCAGUUGCAGCAGCCUGGGCGAGCUCGAUGAGAAGCUGGCUCUUUUCAUCGAUGGCGACGCCAAACUCGGAUCCACAUCGACAAAGACAAUCACAAAGCGACGGCCGGUGAUUAUGUGUUUCGGUGGACAGGUGUCCAGCUUUGUGGGCCUCGACAGGCAGGUAUACGACAGUGUCAAAAUCGUUCGCGACUAUCUCGACCAGUGUAACGCUGUCUUCCUGUCCAUCGGCCUCGAGGGCAUCUUCCCAGCCGUUUUCCAACGGGAACCCAUCGAAGACCCGGUUCGCCUCCAGACGGCGCUGUUUGCGGUGCAGUACGCGUGUGCCAAAAGCUGGAUGGAUUCGGGCAUCCAAGCGGAAGCCGUUGUUGGACACAGCUUUGGCGAACUGACCGCUCUUUGCGUCUCGGGCGUGCUGUCACUUCUCGACGCGUCCAAGAUGAUUGUGGCCAGAGCCAAGCUUGUGCGGGACACGUGGGGUUCAGACAGAGGAGCCAUGGCAGCCGUGGAAGCUGAUUUGGACAUGGUCAGGUCCGCCAUCGAGUCACAUAACCGGGCUAUGGUUGAUGAUGAGCUUCCCGUCACCAUCGCUUGCUACAAUGGACCUCGGAGCUUUACCUUGGCCGGGCCGACCAAAUCCAUGGACAAAUUCGUCGAGACCCUGACGGGCAGUCCCAUGUACUCGCCUGUGAUGAGGGUAAAACGGCUGAACGUCACCCACGCCUUCCAUUCGGUUCUGGUGGAGCCACUCAUCGAUGAACUGGACGCCAUCGGCCGCACUCUCACCUUCCGGGAACCGAGCAUCCUCUUGGAAAGGUCGACCAAAGAGUUAAACUUGGAGACGACGUCCGAGUUCGUCGCUCAGCACAUGAGGCAGCCUGUCUUCUUCGAGCAUGCCGUGAAAAGAUUAGCGGAGCAAUAUCCAGACGCAGCCUGGAUCGAGGCCGGGUCGGCUUCGACAAUUACCAACAUGGCAAGUCGUGCCCUUGGAUCGCCCUCGACCUACCACUUCCAGUCCCUUAACAUCACCUGUGAUCAUGGCAUGAAGAGUUUGGCCGACGCCACUCUGGCGCUCUGGAAGGCAGGGGUCGAGACCGCGUACUGGCCACACCAUCCUGGCCAGACAUACGAGUUUGACCACUUGUUCCUCCCGCCGUAUCAGUUCGAGAAGGUGAAACACUGGAUGGACCUGAAGAAGCCGCAGAAGGGCCUGGUUGAGCUUCCGGCAGCUGAGGCGGGGAAUGUAGAGGCGAGAGUCCCUGUCGGGCUCUGGUCAUUCCUCGGUUAUGACGACAGCAAGGAACAGACCGCCCGCUUCGUGGUCAACACCGAUAGCAAGAAAUAUCACGACUUUGUCUCAGGACACUUGAUUGCCAAUACCGCACCCAUAUGCCCCGCCACGCUUGAGGUGGACAUGGCUAUCGAAGCCCUGAUGAGCAUCCGACCAGACCUCAAAACGGACGGCAUGCAGCCUACUAUCCAAAACUUGCAGAACCACUCCCCCAUUUGCGUCGACCCAUCGCGGCAGGUCUUCAUCGUGUACACGGCUAGUGACAUCCGUGGACAUGUGUGGGAGUGGAAGAUGACGAGCUCCCCGGCCCAGGGACCGGGUCCCACGACCGAGCACGUCCACGGCAGCAUCGUGUUCCGCUCCCCCGAGGACCCGGGCUACCAAGCCGAGUUUGGCCGUUACGGGCGACACUUCACGCAUCAGCGUUGCCUUGACGUGCUCAACGCGGUCGAGGCCGACGAUAUAAUCCAGGGUCGCAACAUCUACAAGACCUUCGCUGAAAUCGUCGACUAUGGCGAACAGUACCGCGGCCUAAAGCGGCUAGUGGGACGCGGCAGUGAGUGUGCUGGCCGAGUUUCCAAGCGCUGGACGGGGGAGACGUGGCUUGAUACACAUCUCUCCGACUGCUUCAGCCAGGUCGGCGGCAUCUGGGUCAACUGCAUGACCAACCGCGCGCCUGAUGACAUGUACAUUGCGAGCGGGUGCGAGCUCGUCAUACGGUCUCCCAACCUACGCCCCGACGGCCCACGUCCCGAAAUAUGGGAUGUGUUCGCGACCCAUCACCGGGUAUCUGACAAGCUGUACGUAACUGAUAUUUUCACCUUUGACAGCACCAGUGGGGAGUUGCUAGACGUCAUGAUCGGCAUUAAGUAUGCCAAAAUCUCCAAACCGUCGAUGCAAAAGAUCCUCGCGCGGCUAUCGCCUGGCGUUUGCGUACCACCACCUCCCGGUUUGGGGACCGCGCCAGUUACUCACAACAAAACGAGCCGGGAGCCCAUCGAGCCAUCCGAAGCUUCCGGAGCAGUGCCAACAGCAACUGGUGCAACCGUCUCCAAAUCCUUCAAGGCUGGUGGCGCAGAAGUAUCAAAGAAACAACCAGAAAAUACCAGAGCGAACAUCAAAAAGCAGGUGCGGGACCUGCUAGCGAACGUUGCCGGCGUUGAGCCCGCGGACAUUUCAGAAAGUACUGUUCUCUCCGAUAUCGGUAUUGACUCACUGAUGGGCAUGGAGCUUGCCCGGGAGGCCGAGACCGUUAUGAAGUGCACCUUGUCGCCCGACAAGCUGAUGGAGGCCUUUGACUUUCCCUCCUUCGUCGAUUGUGUGAUAUCCGCCCUAGGCAUCACUGCUGAUGGCCAGGAAGAGGAAAUGGAAGAGGAGCAGGAUGAUAAGCAAGAGAAGGAGGAGGGGGCACGGCAAAGAGUGCAGGAGUCCGAACCAACGACCGAUGAUGAACAGUAUCGUCCAUACAAGGCGCAGGACGCAUCAUGGAGCCAAUCCAGCGGGACUUCGACGCCUCCAUCCUCUCUCGAUGACGAUCUUAACGAACUGACUCUUCCUGCGGGUGCGGUCCUAGAGUCCUUCGGCAAGACUAAGCUUCUUACUGACGAGAUGAUUCGCCGGUACAAGGUCGACACGUUUGCCAAUGUCAUUGCCCCAAAGUCGACCCAGCUCUGCAUUGCGCUCACGCUCGAGGCUUUUGAGAAACUGGGUGUGUCGAUCCGAGCUACCAAAGCAGGUCAGGUGGUGCCCCGAAUCAACUACGCACCGCAGCACCAGAGGCUAGUCGACUACCUGUACCGCUUGCUAGAGAACGAGGCCAGGCUGAUCGAUAGCACCGACCGCGGGGAACACGUCCGCACGGCAGUAUCGCCGCCUAAGAAGGCGAGCGUGGCCUUGUUGCAGGACCUGGUCCGCCUGUACCCUGACUGGAGCAACGCGCAAAAGCUUACGCACUUUGCGGGAUCCAGGCUGGCCGACGUGCUGGAGGGUAAGACGGAUGGUAUCAAGAUCAUCUUCGGCAGCGACGAGGGGCGCGCCUUGGUGGGCGGUCUGUACUGCGACCACGUCUUUAAUAAGAUGAACUAUCAGCAAAUGGCCGAUUGUCUGGAGGGCCUCGUCUCCAAACUCCCGGCCGACCAGGGCCCGCUGAGAAUCCUGGAGCUGGGAGCGGGAACUGGGGGGACCACGCUGUAUGUGGCACCCAUGCUGGAACGCUUACAGGUGCCCGUUGAGUAUGUGUUUACCGACAUAUCGCCGUCGAUGGUGAGCGCCGCCAAGAAGAAGUUUGGAAAGUACGCUUUCAUGAAGUAUAUGGUUCAUGACAUGGAGAAACCCAUGUCGGCCGAGCUUCUCGGUACCCAGCACAUCGUAAUAGCCAGCAACGCCGUCCAUGCAACGCGUGACCUCGUCAAGACGGGCACCAACAUCCACAACGCGCUGCGGCCCGACGGGUUCCUGAUGAUGUUGGAAAUGACCGAGAUUGUCCCUUUUGUCGACACCAUUUUUGGCUUACUCGAGGGAUGGUGGCUGUUUGACGACGGACGACAGCAUGCCAUCACCGGCCCCGAGGGCUGGGAAAAGGCUAUGCACAGCGCUGGGUUUGGUCAUGUCGAUUGGACCGAUGGACACCUGCCUGAGAGUAAGAUCCAGAAAGUCAUUGUUGCCAUGGCUUCCGGCCCAGUGCAGGAACGGCUCCCUCCACCGCCCCCGCCCGCCCGAAAGGCCGCGGAAUCCGGGCCGGAUCUCGCUAGCCGGGAAGAAGAUAUCUCGGCUUACGUACAAAAGUUCAGCGCAGGCUUUAAGGCCCCCUCGGUUGUCUUGCCCAACCCGGGCCGUCUCGGGGGUGGAAAGUUGCAGUGCGUGCUGAUCACCGGCGCGACGGGGAGCCUCGGGACCCAUCUCGUCAAGGCGUUUGCAGAGAGGGCGGAUGUGGGAACCGUAAUUUGCCUCAACCGGCCGGGGCCAAGCGUCGCCGUUCCACCCGAGUCACGACAGCUGGAAGCGAUGGCCGCCCGGGGUGUCACCAUCAACGACGAAGCCCGGGCCAAGCUCUGCUUCAUUGAGACGGACAGCUCCAAGGCUCGCCUUGGCCUCGGCGAGGAGGAGUACGCAUCACUGGCUGGGUCCGUCACCGGGAUUCUGCAUAAUGCCUGGCCCAUGAGUGGUAACAGGCCUCUCAAAGCCUUCGAGCCGGCCUUCCACUCGCUCCGAAACCUUAUUGAUCUCGCACGCGAGGCCGCCGGGCGUCAGCAGAAGAUCCGCUUCCAGCUCAUAUCGUCUAUCGGCGUCGUGGGUCAUUAUCCCUUGUGGAGCGGGAAGAUCAGAGUGCCAGAGGAACGUAUGGAGGUUCGGUCUGUGCUUCCCAACGGCUAUUGCGAUGGCAAGUUUACGUGCGAACGCAUCCUGGACGAGACCCUCCACCGCUACCCGGAAUACUUCCACACCAUGUCGGCCAGGCUCGGUCAAGUGGCCGGGUCCAAGACAAGCGGGUAUUGGAACCCCGUGGAACAUUUUUGUUUCAUGGUCAAGUCUUCCCAGAACUUGAGGGUGCUUCCACAACUCGAAGGGAACCUCACCUGGUGUCCCGUCAACGACAUGGCGUCGGCCCUCUCCGACCUCCUGCUUCUCCCCUUCCGGCCGCAGCCAAUCUACCAUAUUGACAAUCCGGUGCAGCAACCCUGGAGCGAGAUGGUACGGAUGCUGGCUAAGGCGCUCGAUAUUCCCCAGUCUAACAUCAUCCCCUUCGACGACUGGGUGGCCCGGGUCCGCCGCUCCCCGUUGGCACCCGAGACGGACAACCCGGCUGCGCGACUGAUCGACUUCCUCGAGUUCCAUUUCCGACGUAUGUCUUGUGGUGGUCUGCUUCUUGAUCUCUCCAAGGCCUGCCAUGACUCGCCGGCCCUGGCAGCGGUGGGGCCGGUAAACGAGGAUAUGGUGAGGAAAUACGUCUCAUCUUGGAAGAAGAUGGGCUUCCUAGCCCAAGGUAAUAGGUAA